AUGCUAUUUUUUUCUGCUUCUUUCUCUUACGCUUUAUUUCUCUUCAAACCGCAUGUGAUUGGUUGGUAUAUGCGUUGUUGCCUCUGUCUGCAUUAACACGGAGGGUUGGCAGUUAUGCACACUGGAUGACUAAUUGGCAAUGGGUGUGGCCAGCGCUGCAACACCAUGAGUGAGGCUGCUGUUACAGUUAAUAUUCUCUGUUCGACGCUGCAAUUUAGGAUGGGGUUCAUUGUUCAUAUAAGAAUGAAUCGAUGGUUGGAUGGUUUAUAAAAUACUGAGUCACAUUGAAAGUAGGACUGUCUCUUGGUAUCUUGGUUUUGCUGUAUUCUAAACUAGAAAUUGGAUUUGUGUGUUUGUUAUUGUUAUUGAUAAAUUAGUUCUAGCAAUAAUAGUCUUGAGAGCCUGCAGUUUCUAAUCACCAGAAGAGAGCAAGCUGGGCUGCACUCCACAGUUUUGUAUGAUGAUGUCAUGGGGUUCCAGCUGUGACUCCUUCCUGGGCUAUCCAAAAAGUAGGUUGUUGCUGUGGAUUCUGGGAUUCAGAGUUUUACUAAUCUGUUCUUCUCUGUGUACAGUUCAGUGCAUUAUUUCAUCCUAUCGCUGGGACACAACACUUAGUAAGGACAAUGGAUGCUGCUUUUGUUUCCACACCAUUACUGUAUUUUUUUUUCUUUUUUGUAACUGGACAUUUUUCCAAACAGCUGAAUUUUUAUUUCUUGUGAGCAACAGAAAAACGUAGGAGCCUUAUUUCAACCUGUUGAGCGGCAGUGUACAAUGACAGGUGGAAGAAGGAUGAGCAGGGCCUGAUUCCAUGCUCCACACACAUUCUGACAGUUUCUCUGUCUCAGCAGUAGGAACAGGACCACCAAAUGCAUACACUUAAUGCUGUUUGUUAUCCAGUUGUUUUUUUUUUACCAGGGUUUAUUGAUAAAAUUUGGUCCAACAAACUCAUGUUUCAUGUAUCUAAAGAUGAGCAGAUUUUUUAAAUCAACCAAACAGUCAAACAAGUUAUGUUUUCAAUGACCUUUCUACCAAAAAUCAACAGCUUUGUUAUGGAAACGCAUGUUUAAUCAGCACAGCCAGGGUCCAGACUUCCUCAAAAAUUAGAAAUCAUUUCUAGCUUAGUUUCUGUAAGGUUUGAAAGCUAAAGGUGCUCUUGUUUCCGGGCAGAAUAUUUUCUGUUUUUAAUAGUGAGCGUAUCAGAUUUGGCAGUACUUCAACAUGAUCUUCUGGACGAUUUACUGUCUUUUAUUCUGGAUACUGAAAAGGUGAAACAUUCAUCCAGGUUUGUUUCACAGCAAUAUCUAAAAAAUGUUUCAUGUAAAAAUGUGUUGCUUAUAGAACUUACAUGUACAAAAUAUUUAAUUCGCCUUUAUUAACCUGAUUUCGUAUUUGUACAUUUGUUGUUUUCUUUUCCUGCUGGCCUGAAAUCUGCGGAGAACAUCAGUCCCACAUGUUGUUUAUUAUAAAUAUUACCGGUAGUAUAAAACUAAUAAUAAUAAUAAAAAUUUGCUGUUAAAAUGACAUAUCUUCGUUUUCAAGUUCAAAGUGGAACUCUAUGUCGGUGUUUCUGUCGGACCCUUACAGUGUGACAUCCGGUGGAAGUACAUGCUAGCAGUGUUAGCUUUCCUCGCUUCGUGAUUAAACAGCGGUUAGCAUAGUUAGCUUGUCUGUGUUGCUCAGUCUGAGUCUGCGCAGCAACAAUGUGUUCAGUUCAGCCUCUGAGAGAGUUUAUCAGAGAGAGACUAACUGCUGCUGCUGAAGAAAUCUUCUCACAGGUGGAAAAAACCAUCGUCCAGUACGAGGAGGAGAUCGACCGUCAGCGCAGACUGCUGGACCUCACCUGGAGACCCCGAACCGGCCAGAACCUCGCAGGCCUUCCACAUGGUCAUCUCUGUGAGGAGGACAUCCAUAAUGAGCAGCAGCUUCUUAACCAGGGAGACCAGGAGGAAGAGGGAGCUCCAGAAGAACAGCUUCAUCCUCCAGAGAUUAAAGAAGAACACGAUGAGCUGUGUAUCAGUCAGGAUGCUGAGCAGCUCGUUCUGAAGCAGGAGACAGAAUCACUCAUGGUGACGGUUGAUUAUGAUGAAACCGACAACAGUGAACCAGAAACAAACUGUGACCAACUCCUUCCUCAGAGAUCUCCUAAAGCCGAGAAUCAAGAGUCAGGAUCGAGCAGAUCUGAAGAGUUGGAACCAAAUUGUCCGUCAUCAGAGAGUCAGUCUGACCCCAAAACAAGUAAAACUUUAGUCAAAUGUGACUUCUGUGAUAAAGAAUUCAGGUUUCAGUAUGCAAUGAGGAGGCAUCGUAAAAUCCACACUGGAGAGAAACCCUUUUCAUGCAAAACGUGUGGGAAGAGCUUCAUCAGGAAGUUUGCUUUGCUGACCCAUAUGAGGGUCCACACUGGGGAGAAGCCGUAUUCAUGCACCAUCUGUGGGAAAUGUUUCCGCUGCAGCAGUGAUUUGUCGAAGCACACAAGCAUCCACUCCAGUGAAAAACCCUAUUCCUGUGAAACCUGUCUGAAGAGCUUCACUACGAAGCGUAGCUUGAUUCUUCACAGGAGAUGUCACUCAGAGGAGAGGCCCUACUUUUGUCCAGUAUGUCAUAAAGGUUUCAGGAGAAGCGACAACCUUUCGGUCCACAUGAGAACCCACAUGGAUGAGAAACUGUUCACAUGUGAAUUUUGUGGUAAAAGUUUUAAUCAAAAUGUGCAUCUGGUCAUCCACAGGAGAACCCACACAGGGGAGAGCCCUUACCCCUGCAGCAUGUGUGAGAAAAGGUUUAAGAACAGAUCCGCUUUAAACAGCCACCUCAGACUGCACUCUGAAAAUCCACUGUAGGUCUGCAGAUUUUUUAACUGGAUCUGCUUAACAACCUCAGAGCAGUAACGGCUUCUCACAGCUCCAGGUUCUGCACACGACGCCUGCUGAUCUAAACGUAACCAGAUCUCCUACAAACAUUCUUCUAUCCCUUUCAAACUGUUUUUUCCAUGAAGAUAAAAAACAAACUUUUGCAUGAAUGAACCUGUGUUUACCAGUGCAGCCAGUAGGGGGUGCUAUAGACUAGUCUUUUGGUCACAUUUUCCAAGCCUCCACCUUGUCUCAGUCUUGGACGUCCUGGACUCAUCUGCAACAUUCAGCUUUACUCCACCUUGAUAUGAAACUCAUGGCUGCAGAGAAAGUUUUUCAACGCUGCCACUUAUGGCCCUAAAAGCUGAGGAUGGAUGUAGAUCUAGUGUCUGUAAAACAUGCAGAAUAAAGAAUCAUGAGUGAGUGAAGCCCUCCACCGGACUUCACCCAUCCAGCUAACGUUUAGCUGGAUGGGUGAGCUCUUUGGAGCUCUGGUUUCUCUGUUUAACUUGUUACCUGUUGUAUUAUUUAGGCCUGUAGUUCUGGUUCUGCUUUCAUACAAGUUUGGGAUCAGUUAAAUAUUGUCUCAGAACCAGAGCUUGUUAAUGAGCUACCAAAGAUAGAUGCUCUUGCAUUGAUUCAGUCCUUGUCUCGGUCUCACCUCUCUCAGUCUUGGUCUUGGUAUGUUCUGGUCCUGGUCCGAGUUUUAUGCUUUUCUUUGUUAACAGCAGCAUAGUCAUUGUUUUAAUAAAUGAAACAUAAUCAUUAGAAAUGCAGCCAAAUCAAAACACACUUGAUCAGGUGUUGAAAUAUUGAUCAAUUCUCUACAAAGUGUGCAGCUUUGUUUUCUUUCUAAUAGACUACCAGGCAGGAGUUUGGACAUUCAGGGUACUGACUGAGUGACGGGUCGAACUCCGCCGUGAGUCAAACAGAGGCACAACGUCUUAGAGGCUGAAAUACCAAAAUCAUUUAGUUUGUUUCAUAAGAGGAUAACAUGUAGACUGGUUUUAUACAGGGACGUGACUCUGGAGGGCACUGUUCCAUCACUACUUUAGGCCCAUGGUUUAGGACAUGCUUUCAACGUUCUUAUUGGUUCAUUAAAGAAAUGUCAGAUAAUCAGAACCAACAUUUAGAACCUUUCCACUUAUUGAGUUUAUGAUCCCAGUUCUGCUGCUACAGCCGCUGCACUGCUUCACUAAGAGCUCAUCGUUGCAGCUUGUUGAACACAGAACUGCAGCCAAAUGUAACCAUUUCAUAGAAUUUUAUGUUGAUGUUCAGAACUGAGCUCCACCAGCUCCACCAGCUCCACCAGCUCCAGCUUCCACGUCUACAGGAGACAGUGUGAGCGUGCCGUGUGUGUCUGUUUGAGAUGAAGGCUCAUCUUGUUUUCCCGUAACUCAGCUUGUUCUCCUGCUGUGCUUCUAUAAACUCCAGAAGAAGCAGAGCUCAGGUCCUGAUCAGGAGAACAUGAAGAAUAGGAGACGAUGCUUCACUGAUGUCGGCAUGAAAAACUCCGUGUUUAAAACAAGAACAGGAUUGAUGAGCUCACCUCUGUCCUCUUAGCAACAAGUCAAACAGUGUUUUGGGUUUUAGUUGACCAAACAGGACCUUGUUUGAAGAUGAAAGGAUGGAGAACUUCCAGGAACAUCUUCAAUCAUGCAGCAGGCAUCCUCUAAUUAGUAGUAAUUAGUGUUUAAAGGAGAAGCAGGGGUUGGCUGUGUUCCAACGCAGCGCUGCAGCUCAUUGGUUCAACCCAUUUUAUCCUCAAACUAGUUUUUCCACCAGAAAAUACAUUUUCUUCAUCUACUUAUUUUACAGUAAAUUGUUUCCUGUUUGUUUGAGUUACGUUUAAAAAUUUUCAUCUCAAGCAUGACAAAAUAAAUCUAAUCUUUUCAGAUAUGAUGAGAAAUAACCACUUCAGUUCAGUGCAGAAAAUGUAAUAAAUAUAACAACAUGUAUGAUUUA